AUGCCUUCCAUACAGGAAAACAAGUCCAACCUUACCGCUAUAACGAAGAACAUCAAGCAACAAGACCUCAUCAACAUGUCCGCCGACGCCGCAACGAUCGAGGCUUGCUACACUCUCAUCGCCAUGUCCCGCGGCACCAACGAAAUCAUGCAACACUGCCAAACCUCCAAUUGCAACAAGUCAGUCAAGACCACUUUCUAUUGUAAAUCCUGUCAGGCUCGUGCUCGUGCUCGUGCUCGUGCUCGCACUUGUGCUAGUUCUCACAAGCACCAGUACUCGACUCGAUCCAAGGCUCGAAGUAAUGAAGAUCGAAUUAAUGCUGACGCGAUAUUAGUCUGA